CAGGGAUAGCAGAAGUGAGUUUGCGCCUCUGGUGCCCUUGCCCCCAUCGAUUAUGUUCCAGCAUAGUAGGAUGUCAACAAGGCAAGCCGAGGAAUUCCGUGACCAGCGGCUAAAGGAGCUAGAAAAAGGAAGACUGCGGUAUCCCCACAACAGCCAUUACCUCCCCAUCGAAAACCAAGGACGAGCUGUGUCAAUGCCUCGACUGGAGCUGGAGUCUGAGUCGACAGAAGACAUCAGUCCAAUGAAACGCUCGUUCUCCACGUUUGCUGGCCACCACUCGAGUGGGACCUGGCUCAAUGAGUACUCACUGGAGAGAACCAGCCCAGAGGACCCAUACCAGAAACGGGGCCGCAGACCACUGAGGUCGUCCGGCAGGUCUUCAGCUGCAGGGCUGCGAACAGUGGACAUCCCUUAUAUAGACAGCCUGGACAGAGGCCGUUCAAAGGAAAGGAAACACUUGCUGUCACCUGAUCGAUCCCUAUGCACCUCAGCAGAACGUGCUCAGUAUCCACAGCACCAUCCCCGGGAUGGGCGGCUCUCUCGGUCCCCAAGUCUCAGCAGGUCUCAUUCCCACCGGGGACAGGCCAGCAGUCCAGUCAGUGAGAGCCCGAUCCCUUCGACGUCUGGGACCAACACGCCAAGACAGGGGCGACGGCAGCUCCCGCAGACACCCCCAAAACCGCGGCCGCACAUCUCGUACUCUCCGGUUGCCCAGCGGCCUGAGCCGUGGUCACCACCGCCGUCCUCCUCCUGCGAGCAGGCCACGCCGAGGGGCAAGGGCGAGUGCCGCUACCAGUCACUGAGAGUGCGGCCCAGCAAGGCCCUGUGGGGCGAGUCGCCGGGUCUGAGCACCAAGAGCGAGAGCCAGCACUCGACGCCGCUGCGCUACAUCUCGGAGCCGUCCCUGAGCCUGCACGAGGAAGGGGGAAGCCUGGACCAGGAGCAGGGCCCCGGGGAGGAAACCCUCACCUUCGAGGCCGCGGUCGCCACCAGCCUCGGCCGCUCGCACACCAUCUCGUCGGCACCGCCACUCCGCCACAGCUGGCAGCUGCCCAACGGCAGCUACCGCGCCAGGGUGGGGGCAGCCCAGCCGGGCCGAGGGCCACGGGCUCAGGGGCAACUACCAUCGGCAUUGGACCACCCCUCACUCUCACCGACCAAGGCCAGGGGCAGGAUCAGGACGACCAGUGUUAGAGACCGGGGAGAGGAGAUGGGGCAGUGUGAGACUGGGAAGGGAAGUGGGGGGAGGGCGCGCAGUCUCGGACUGGGACGUCGGGCAAGGGGGGUGGUGGGAGCGGUGCUAGACCGGGAAGAGAGGGCUGCAAAUGCUCAGGAUCCACAAGGGGAUAAUAUUGCGGAUGCCAUUAUGAUUUUAAUUCUGAGGUUGAGACCUGAGAUGCAGUAA